AUGCAACUCCUAAUUCUACUGCUUAGCUUGGUCGCCUCGUCGUUUGCCCUUCUAGGGAUCGGUAGGACACAGUCCGUAGCAGUUACAGGAAAAUUAACCUGUAAUGGACAGCCGGCUAGAAAUGUGAAGGUGAAGCUCUACGAAAAGGAACUGACCUUCGACGUAAAGAUGGACGAAGGCAAAACGGAUCAAAAUGGUGAAUUCCGAUUGUCUGGUUCGAAAACUGAGAUCUCUACUAUCGAUCCAAAAGUGAACGUUUAUCACAAGUGCAAUUACAAUGGGCCCUGUUACAAAAAGUUUGGCAUCACCAUCCCGGACAAUUUCAUAUCGAGAGGUGCCACACCACAAAAGACGUACGAUAUCGGAACAAUUAAUCUUGCCAACAAAUUCACCGCGCUCGACGUAAAGAUGGACGAAGGGAAAACGAAUCAAAAUGGCGAAUUCCGAUUGUCUGGUUCCAAAACCGAAGUCUCCACUAUCGAUCCGAAAGUGAACGUUUAUCACAAGUGCAAUUACAAUGGAUAUUUCACACCACUGGGAAUGUUGUUUCAGAUGCAACUCCUCCUACUACUCUGUUUUGCGGCCCCAUCGUUGGCCCUGCUUGGUAUCGGAUCGACCCAGUCGGUAGCAGUUAGUGGUCGACUGAUCUGUAACGGACAACCAGCCGCUAACGUCAAAGUCAAACUCUACGAGAAGGAAACCACAUUUGAUGUGAAGAUGGCUGAGGGCGUCACGAACCAAAACGGUGAAUUCCGGCUGUCCGGUUCAAAAACUGAGAUCUCUACCAUUGAUCCAAAAGUGAACAUCUACCACAAAUGUAAUUACAAUGGAUUAUGUUACCGAAAGGUCGGCAUCACAAUCCCGGACAACUACGUAACUCGGGGAGCAAAUCCUCAGAGAGUUUUUGACAUCGGAACUAUCAAUCUUGCCAACCGAUUCACUGGUGAAACGACCGAUUGUAUCAAUUAA